UCUUCUUCUUCACACUCACUCACAUCUUCAGUCUUCACAUCAUAUUCUCAGCUUAUUACUUUUUCAAUUCUCAAUUUCUCAAUCUUUAGUAGUCAGUAAACACCUCAACUGAGAUUACAUCCUCAAAUUUGUCAUGGCCUCUUUAGUUUCCACACACCUGUUACUACAGCUAGUUCUAGUAAUCUCUUUCUUCCAAUUCAACUUAGCAGCAAGGAGACUUGCUGAUUCAGCUGAAACCCAACAGCCUUUGCUCUUCCAAUACCACAAUGGUGCUCUUCUUUCUGGAAAAAUCUCCAUCAAUCUCAUCUGGUACGGCAAAUUCAAGCCCACACAAAGAGCUAUUAUCUCAGAUUUCAUUGCCUCUCUUUCUACUUCCACACCCACAAAAGCCCAACCCUCAGUUGCCACCUGGUGGAAAACCACUGAGAAAUAUUACCACCUAAUUAACUCCAAGAAGACCUCCAAUCUUGUGCUCUCAAUGGGUACCCAGAUCAUUGAUGAGACUUACUCCUUAGGAAAAUCACUCUCAAAUCAGCAAAUAGAACAGUUGGCAUCAAAGGGUGCCCACAAAAAUGCAAUUAACGUGGUUUUGACAUCAGAUGACGUGGCAGUUGAAGGUUUCUGUAUGAGCAAAUGUGGUACCCAUGGAUCUUCAAAGGGUGCAUCAGUUCAAGGCAAAAGCUAUAAAUUUGCUUACAUUUGGGUUGGAAACUCGGAGACUCAAUGCCCAGGUCAAUGCGCGUGGCCAUUCCACCAGCCCAUCUAUGGACCCCAGAGCCAACCUUUGGUUGCACCCAACAACGAUGUGGGUCUAGACGGGAUGGUCAUCAACCUGGCUAGCCUCUUGGCUGGUACAACUACGAACCCAUUUGGAAAUGGCUACUUUCAAGGACCAAAGGACGCACCAUUAGAGGCUGCAUCAGCUUGUCCUGGUGUGUAUGGCAAGGGGGCUUACCCUGGCUAUGCUGGGGACCUCUUGGUGGACCCAACGAGUGGUGCUAGCUAUAAUGCAAAUGGUGCUAAUGGACGGAAAUACCUGCUACCUGCACUCUUUGACCCUUCUACCAAAUCAUGUUCAACUCUGGUGUAGGAAUAAUUAGGAAACGUGCCUACACGUUAUUGUAUACAAAAUUACCAAUAUGUUAGACCUGUAGAAUCAAAAGAUUGAUUAAUUCUUUUAUUUGAUUUAUUUAUUGUAUUAUCUUUAAAUAUUUAAAAUGCAACAAUAUCUUUUUAUAUCA